UAUGAUACUCCGGUCAAUAAAAUCGGCAUUGUAGGAUUUUUCCGUAACUUGGUUCCACCUCUACCAUCUCUCUAUAUAUUGCACCUUGGUUCGAUUUGCUGUUUAACACCUCUCUCUAGCGCUCAGCUAUUGAUCAAACUCUGAAUUUCCACUGAGAGAGGUAUCUAUUUUCUAUACAUAAUAAUGGCUCCACCAGCAGCAGCAUCUUCGGAUUCUAUAAAGCCUAGAGAUGUUUGUAUUGUUGGUGUUGCACGUACACCAAUGGGUGGCUUUCUUGGUUCUCUUUCAUCAUUGCCAGCCACCAAGCUUGGAUCUUUAGCUAUUGAAAGUGCUCUUAAAAGGGCAACUGUUGACCCGUCACUUGUACAAGAAGUUUUUUUUGGGAAUGUUCUCAGUGCAAAUUUAGGACAGGCUCCUGCAAGGCAAGCAGCAUUGGGUGCAGGAAUUCCUAAUACAGUUGUCUGCACCACCAUCAACAAAGUCUGUGCAUCAGGAAUGAAAGCAACAAUGCUUGCUGCUCAAAGUAUUCAGUUGGGCAUCAAUGACGUCGUUGUGGCUGGUGGCAUGGAAAGCAUGUCCAACGUGCCUAAAUACCUGGCGGAAGCAAGGAAGGGAUCUCGACUUGGACAUGAUUCUCUUGUUGAUGGAAUGUUGAAAGAUGGGUUGUGGGAUGCUUAUAAUGAUUUUGGCAUGGGAGUUUGUGCUGAAUUAUGUGCUGAUCAACAUGCAGUAUCAAGAGAGGAGCAGGAUAAUUAUGCCAUUCAGAGCUUUGAGCGUGGUAUUGCUGCUCAAGAAGGUGGUGCCUUUGCAUGGGAAAUAGUUCCGGUUGAAGUUUCUGGGGGAAGAGGAAAACCAUCAACAAUUGUUGACAAGGAUGAUGGACUAGGAAAGUUUGAUGCUGCAAAAUUGAGGAAGCUCCGACCAAGUUUUAAAGAGAGUGGUGGUUCUGUUACUGCUGGCAAUGCUUCUAAUAUAAGUGAUGGUGCUGCUGCACUAGUCUUAGUGAGUGGGGAGAAGGCACUCAAGCUUGGGCUGGAAGUGAUUGCAAAGAUCACAGGAUAUGCGGAUGCCGCUCAGGCUCCAGAAUUAUUUACAACUGCUCCGGCUCUCGCAAUCCCAAAAGCUAUUUCAAAUGCCGGGUUGGACGCUUCUCAAGUUGAUUACUAUGAAAUAAAUGAAGCCUUUGCAGUUGUGGCACUUGCUAAUCAAAAACUUCUUGGACUUAAUCCAGAAAAAGUUAACAUACAUGGUGGAGCUGUAUCUUUGGGACAUCCUCUAGGUUGCAGCGGAGCUCGCAUAUUGGUCACACUUUUGGGGGUACUGAGGCAGAAGAAUGGGAAAUAUGGAGUUGGUGGUGUAUGCAAUGGGGGCGGGGGUGCAUCAGCCCUUGUCAUAGAGCUUUUAUAAGCCUGUCUUAUUUGCGGUCAGAUAUGAGGGUGGGCUCUUCUAAAGGAUGAAAAUCUCGUCGCCAUUGAAGUUAGAUCCAGUAGGAAAUAUAUAUUUCAGUACCCUCUCUCUCUCUCUCUCCACCUCCCUCUCCGGCGGGCUGCCUCAAUGCAUAAUCAUCAUUUAAUAUAUGAUGAUCAAUGAUAUGAUUGUAAUUGUUGUCAUUGGAGUGUUACCAUAUCAAUUAUAACUAUUUAGUGAAUGAUGUGGAUUCUACCCAA